CAUCCACAUGGACCUCUGUCCUUUCGCAUUAAAUCCCCGUUACCUCUUUCCCUCUCCUUUCUCUCUCCGUUCUUUCUUCAAACAAACAAUGUUGUAAAUUCUCACUCUCUAAACCUAAAAUAACCAUGAACAACUUCACCACCACAACCCUUUCUCUUCUUCUCACACUCUUAACACUAACCCUUAACCAAUCUUUUUCCCUCUCUAACGACGGCGUUUUGUUACUCUCUUUCAAAUACGCUGUUCUCAACGACCCUUUAUCAAUCCUUUCAAAUUGGAACUACACCGACCAAACACCAUGUUCAUGGAACGGGGUUUCAUGUUCCAACGUUGUAACAACAACAAACACAAAAAAUGAUACACCAUUUCGUGUUACUGCUUUAUCACUACCAAAUUCUCAGCUUACAUGUUCUAUUCCCUCUGAUCUUGGUUCCAUUGAACAUCUUCAAAUUCUUGAUCUUUCUAACAAUUCCAUUAAUGGGUCUCUUCCUUCUUCUUUUUUUCAACCAAAUUCCAACCUUCGUUUUCUUAAUUUUUCAAACAAUUUAAUAACAGGGGAAGUUCCAGAGUCUUUAACAGACCUUAAAAAUCUUCAAUUUCUUAACUUUUCCGACAAUGCUCUCACCGGAAAACUACCCAACAAUCUCUCAAACAUGCAAAACUUAACCGUUGCUUUGUUUAAAAACAAUUACCUCACCGGUUUUCUUCCUAAAGAUUUACGAACUUUACAGAUUUUGGAUCUGUCUUCAAAUUUGUUGAAUGGAACUUUAAGUCCAGAUUUUGGUGGUGACAAUAUUCGUUACUUGAAUGUUUCUUACAACAGAUUUUCCGGUGAAAUUCCACCGGAGUUCGCCGAGAAAAUUCCAAUUCACGCCACCAUUGAUCUCUCGUUUAAUAAUCUCACCGGAGAAAUACCGGAUUCCCCUGUUUUGUUGAACCAAGAAACAAAUUUUUUCUCUGGUAACAGUGAUCUAUGUGGAGAACCAAUGAAAAAUCCAUGUUCUAUUCCUUCUUCUCCAUCUUCUGAACCUAAAGAUUCUUCUCCUCCUGCAAUCGCCGCAAUGCCGAAGAGUUUCACCGAUUCUCCUCUAUCACAACCAGCAGAGUCGAAAAAACAGAGUGGUUUGAGAAAAGGAACGAUUAUUGGAAUCGUGAUUGGAGAUUUCGUUGGAAUUGGAAUCUUAGCUAUGGUUUUUGUUUACGUUUACAAGUUAAAGAGAAAAAAAGAUGAAGAAAAAGCAACAAAAAACGAAACUAAUACUACAAGAAGUGAAAGUUCUUCUUCAACAUUAGAAACAAAAGGUUUCACGAGAUGGUCGUGUUUAAGAAAAAGAACAGAAGAUGAAGAAUCCUCGGAGACACCGAGUUCAUCUGACAGUGACGUGGAAGCAGCACCGCGAAAUGCGGAAGGUGUUGAAAAUCAAAAGCAAGGAGAAAACAAAACCGGGUCGGGUUCGGGUUCCGGUUCCAGUUCGGGUACUCUUGUUACUGUUGAUGGUGAAAGAGAACUUGAAGUUGAAACGCUUUUGAAAGCUUCUGCUUAUAUUUUAGGUGCUACUGGUUCAAGUAUAAUGUAUAAAGCUGUUCUUGAAGAUGGAACUUCUUUGGCGGUUCGGAGAAUUGGUGAAAGUGGUGUUGAACGGUUCAAGGAUUUUGAGAAUCAGGUUCGGGUUAUAGCGAAACUGGUUCAUCCAAAUUUGGUUCGGGUUCGUGGGUUUUAUUGGGGUCAUGAUGAGAAACUCAUUAUCUAUGACUUUGUUCCUAAUGGUUGCCUUGCCAAUGUUCGUUACAGGAAAGUGGGGUCUUCACCUAGCCAUAUACCGUGGGAAAUACGGCUCAAGAUAGCAAAAGGGGUGGCACGUGGGCUUACUUAUCUCCACGAGAAGAAGCACGUGCAUGGAAAUUUGAAGCCCACAAAUAUUCUAUUGGGUAAUGACAUGGAGCCCAAAAUUGGAGACUUUGGGCUUGAGAGAAUAGUAACGGGUGACACAAGUUAUAAUAAGGCUGGUGGGUCGGCCCGUAUAUUUGGUAGCAAGAGAUCAACAACCUCACGUGAUAGUUUUCAAGAUAUUUCAUUUGGGCCUAGCCCAAGCCCAAGUCCAAGUUAUAUAGGUGGUGUAUCUCCUUAUCAUGCUCCUGAAUCGCUUAGGAAUUUAAAACCACAUCCAAAGUGGGAUGUGUAUUCUUUUGGGGUCAUGUUUCUUGAGCUUUUAACGGGGAAGAUUGUGGUUUUGGAUGAUUUGGGCCAAGGGCCCGCGGUUAUCGUUGAGGAUAAGAAUCGGGCUUUGAGGAUGGUUGAUGUGGCAAUCCGUGCUGACAUGGAAGGUAAAGAAGAGGCUUUGUUGGCUUAUUUUAAGUUAGGGUAUAGUUGUGUGACUAAUGUUCCUCAAAAAAGGCCACAAAUGAAAGAAGUGUUACAAGUACUUGAAAAAAUACCAUCUACAUUGUCGUAUUAUUAUAGUCACUGAAAUUUGAUUUGUCAUAUUGGUUUUGUAGAGGGAAAAAAUGUAUGUAGUUAUAAUAAACUAAUAGGUUUUUGUGUUUGAGUUCAAUGUUGUGUUGGUUGUAAUUGUUAGAAGUCCGUUGACUAUAUCUUUGUCAAUUCAUUACUAAUUUUCACGAAAUAGAUUAUAUCUUUGACGCGUU